GAAUACUCGUCGAAAGCUGGCUAAACUAUCGCGAGUUACCGUUAGAAAUUCGUAUGUUUUCUGUGUACAUUCCAAAAGGAACGAUUAUCGUUUUUGUGUGGUACUGAAAUAAAAUUAAAGAAAAAGAAAAUAAUAUAGAAACGGAAUAACUCACACAUAAAGUCGUACAUAUAAAUAAAGCGUUAACGACGCAUUUGUAACGUUCGUAUAAAUGUACAUAUAUCAAAUUCAAUUGCCCUCCUCCUUUUCCAUUUAAACGAAAUAAAUCGUCCUUUUUCGGUAAUAUAGUUGCGUUGCUGUAUAUUGUUAACCUAAAUCCGCGUAUGACCUACGACACUGGGGCAUCCUCAUCAUCAUCAUCAUCAGGACGAUGAUGUGUGUUUGUGUUGUAAAAAGACGACGAAUGUUUUAAAAAAAAUUAAAUAAAAUAAAAAGAAUAUCAAAAUCAAAAUGGCAACACAAUUGCGAGAGAAAUCGCGCAAGGAUAACAUAUCUGUCUUCUAAAGCUAUAUUACAUACCAACAUAGAUUCUUAUAUGGCUAACUAAUGAAUGUGUGUGUUCAGAUGAAAAUAACAAAAAAAAAUAAAUAAAGGAUUCAUCUUCAAGGUGUCAUCUCUUGAGAACGACAACGACGACGUUAAGUGAGAUACCGAGAGGUUAUUUUGAUUCUGAUUAACUUACUUUUCGAGCAGCUCAAAAAGGGUUGCUUGUUACACGAUACCCUACUACACACCUACUUUGAAGGACCAUUUUGCGCCUCUUGGACCGUUAAUUUACGCUCAACACACAUCAAAAAUUCUUUUAUCUUUUAAUCACCCUUGUGAUAUGUAAACAUCCUUAAAACAGCGCGAUAACUUCAUCAUCGUUAGCUCCGCCGCCGCCCGCCAUCAACCGCCGUCGCCUAUGCGUCCUCAUCGCCAUCGUGGUUGUGUGUUAAAUACUUCUUCUGUGUUUUUUUUUUUUGGUUUGUAUAUGUUGCUCUAGCCUGUCCCUCGUGUUGGCAUCUAAGUUGCGGGAAAAACAAACGCGCCUAGGCCUUAAUAUCCUUUUGCCUAUAUCAACCUAAGGAUAAACGGUGUGGCGUAGAUCUCUGUCAAGUGCACAACAUCCUUCGACGAACAUCAUUUGUCAUGUUCAGAGUCGCGUGCCUUGUUGGCUUUUGUUUUAUCUGUGUGUGUUUGUUUUGAAACGGGAUAUAGGACACAAAAGAAAAAUUACACAUCGCCUCACGUCAAUAGCGACGACCACCUAAUGUGAUCCUGAUCAUAUAAAAUUUAUUGUUCGUCCUGAUUGCAGUGAUUAUGAUGUGAGUUGGUUGGGGAGGAUAGUUGAUGAUGUGUCUGAAUAUAUCUGACAUAGGUACCUACCUACUUACCUAACUACACACAUACCGUACAGUUGUCUUGUACAGAGUGUCUUGUGAGAAAAUAAGAAAAUGAGAAAAUGUCCUUAGAAUUGGUCGAAUAAGUGAAAAAUACAAAUAAAUUACGAAAAAUAAAGAAAAGAAAACCUGACACCAUUUUUGUCUGUCAUAAGAUUCAAGAAGCUCCUUACUGCUCUAUUGAUUUAAAAAUUAAAGUGCGUGUGUUUUGUUUUUGAUUUCAUGCUUCAUCGCAAGCCUCAGCAUCACUUUGAAAAGAGAGUGUGAAAUUUAACAUCAGGAGCUUAUUUUCUCGUGUUAUAUUUUGAUGCUAAUUCUGAUUUGUUAUCCUUCAAUGUUAUAAAGUUGUUAUCACAUUGAUGUCAUAAAAAGCAAAAAUCUCGUAAAAAUAAAACCAGUGCAUAUAUUAAGUGUUUACUAAAUUUUGUUUUGUCUUUAUUGCUUGCACUAAGGUCCUUAAUAUAAAUUUGUGUCACACCAUAAUAUUGACAAAGCAAUAAAAAUAAAAAAGAGAAAGUAUUUUUGCGCGUCCUUUGAGAGUUAAGUACCUACACUCGGAGGAAGGGGUAUAAGUGUGUGAUUUGUUGUUUUUUUGAAACAUAAUAUUUUUUAAUAAAUAAAAUGGAAAAAUACACUUUUGAGUGUACAAAAUAAUUGAAUUAAAAAUUAUAUAUGAUUUAGUGGAAUAAACAUUGCUUGGUUUUCCAAACGCAAUAAGGAUGGUGGAUUAAUCGAAUUGAAAAGUAAGUUGGUUUUGACAUCAUAUCACAGGAGUCGUAGGUGUGAAUUUAUUAAUAUAAAUUUUUGAUUUUCAAUAAAUAAUACAAAGGGCUGCACUUUCUCAAUGAACAAGCAACAACAACAACAACAACAAUAAAAAGCAAAAAAAAGUACAUCCAACUAAAGAAAAAAGGAAAACUUUGUGUAUGCUGCUUGUGUAGUUGAAGGCUGCCACUUUCCGGUAAACGACUUCAAUAAUAAUUUCUUUUUCACCCGUCCAAACAAAAAAAUAAACUAAAAAAUAAAUAAAUAAAUAAAACAGAAAAAUAAGUGGAAGAAAAUUUUCUUUUGAGAAAUGACCCAGCAAAUAAAAAACCCAGUUCCAAAAAGAAGAAGAAAAAUUGAAAAGCAUAAAAUAGAAAUAGAAAUACAAAAACAGAAAUACAAUAAACAAAGUCAGACAGAAACAUAAAGUGCUAAUCGAUGUUCGAAUUUCUAUACGAACUGUUUCCUGGCUAUACUCGUAUAAGCAGCAGCAUCCGCUUCCUAGACUUAUAAGAAAACGCCUCAAUAACUUUCUCUAUAAAUUGUAAUGGAAACUUAGUUCAAGAUAAAAUAUAUAGAUACAGGCGAUGAUCUCUACAUACAUACAAAGCACACAUUUUAUAAUAUAACUAGCUAUACAUGCAUCAAGGAACUUGCUCGUAUAUAUAUACGACGACGAUAAUAUGGUCUGGCUCGUAUUGCAGCAGCAGAGUCUUCUUCUAACUUCGAAGCAGUCUUUCAACUCAAUUGAAACUUUAUGCUGAUAGAGUCCCGGAGAAAGGAGUUAGUAAAAUAAUAUCAUAGUGUUGACAUGAAAUAUUAAUGCAGCACCGUUGACGUUUUAAGUCAACCCAAGCACAACAUAAAUCAUAAAGUCUAACAAGAAAAAGAAGAGAGCUAAAGAAAUAAGACGACCGACCUCAGCUUAUCGCUAGCUGACCUGACUCGCAUUAGCUGAAAAACCGCACGGUUGAAUCACCCCCCAAAGGGAAUUAUUAAUAGUUGAAGCGUAACAGCACACACAUAUCUAACUUUGACUAACCUAUAGCUCUUACCACAGCAUUAAAUAAGAAGACAGAAACAAAACUCAAAGCGAAACAAAAAUAAAGACUACAAAAAAUAAUAAGGAUCACAUGUCAAAAGGGGCAUACGUGUCCUAUUCGACUGCAUUUCGUACAAAAAGCUACUAAAUAAGUAAAAAACGACAAAGGUUAAAACUAAAGCUACGACGAAGACGACGACGAAGACGACGACGACAACAACUGUAGUACGACUACGAAAAAGACGUUGCUGUAGCUGUUGCCGUUUUGUAGAAACGUACUACAGAGAUAAUGCAAAUGCUACCGAACAUGUUGGAGAUUCGAGUUAUCCUGCUAUGCCUUCCAUCGAUCCUUUUAGCAACAACAUUAGAACCGGAUCAAAAAUCAAUACUCACCGAUAGCGACUGGAAGAAACUAUGGAUGGCUGGCGGUGUCAAUCCAGACUCCAAAUUAGAUAACAAUAAUCUUGACUCGAGUGACAGUCCGAUGUUUGAAGAUAGCGAGAUGAUGGCACACAACACGACCGUCCAGUUAGGUGGAACAGCCUUUCUUAUUUGCAAAGUUUCUGGAGUGGAUAGAGUGGGUGUUAAUUGGAAUCAAAUAUCCUGGAUUCGAAGAAGAGAUUGGCAUAUAUUAUCAUCAGGAGCCCAACUUUACACAAACGAUGAGAGAUUUGCAAUACUGCAUGCGCCGGGCUCCAAUACGUGGACCCUGCAAAUAAAGUUUGUUCAGAGGAGGGAUCACGGCAUGUAUGAAUGUCAGGUCUCAACUCCGACUGGUGUCAUUUCGCAUUUUGUGAAUUUACAAGUGGUCGUGCCGGAGGCGUUUAUACUUGGUUCUGGUGAACUUCAUGUGGAUAUGGGAUCAACCAUUAAUUUAGUAUGCAUCAUCGAAAAGAGUCCAACCCCACCACAAUAUGUUUAUUGGCAGAAAAACGAUCGGCUCAUUAAUUAUUAUGAUGCGAGACGAGAUAUUUCAAUUGAAACAACACCUGGUACUAGAACACAAAGUCGAUUGAUAAUACGAGAACCACAAAUUGCCGACUCAGGAAAUUAUACAUGUUCAGCUAGUAAUACAGAACCAGCUAGCAUAUAUGUAUUUGUCUCAAAGGGUAAGUUAUCUUUUGUUUUAAAUUGCUUUUAUAAAUUAAAAUGUAAAGUAAACUAUGCGUUAAGUUGAAGCUUUCAAUGUUUGAAGC